AAGAAACCAGUUGGUAAAACACAAUCAUAGGCUGGCAGGAAUUCCGUGACUAUUUGUCACUCCUUCCAAAGAGGAGAAAAAACAGUUGGUGGCAGAUAUUCAGUGCCAUCAAGUACCCAGAAGAGAGAUUAAAUACCUUUUUCUCCAUGCCAGGACACUCAGAGUUUUACUUCAAUGUGGACCAUGGCUACUUGGAGGGUCUGGUCCGGGGGUUCAAAGCUGGGAUCUUGACAAGUGCGGACUAUGUCAAUUUAGCACAGUGUGAGACACUAGAAGAUCUGAAGUUACAUCUACAGACUACAGACUAUGGCAACUUCUUGGCUAAUGAAACUGGUCCUCUCACUGUUUCCACCAUCGAUGAGAAACUGAAAACAAAACUACUGACAGAAUUUCAUUACUUUAGAAACCAUGCUUUUGAACCUCUUACCACUUUUCUGAAUUUUGUCACAUACAGCUAUAUGAUUGACAAUGUAAUUCUUUUAAUAACUGGAACAUUACAUCAACGACCCAUAGCUGAACUUGUUCCCAAGUGCCAUCCAUUGGGGAGCUUUGAGCAGAUGGAAGCAGUCAGCAUUGCCUCAAACCCCACUGAACUCUUCAAUGCAAUUUUGGUUGAUACACCAUUAGCUGCUUUUUUUCAAGACUGCCUGUCUGAAAACGACCUGGAUGAAAUGAACAUUGAAAUAAUGCGCAACAAACUGUACAAGUCUUACCUCGAGGCAUUUUAUAAGUUUUGUGAAAAACAAGGUGGUACUACAGCAGAAAUAAUGAGACCUAUUCUUGAGUUUGAGGCAGACAGACGUGCCUUUAUCAUCACCAUUAAUUCAUUUGGCACUGAGCUGAGUAAAGAUGACCGAGAGAAGCUGUAUCCAACCUGUGGAAAACUUUAUCCAGAAGGCUUACACCUGCUGGCCAAUGCAGAUGACUACGAGCAAGUGAAGUGUGUUGCAGAAUACUAUGCAGAAUACAAGGCUGUGUUUGAAGGUGUAGGGAGUGGCACUGGAGAAAAGACAUUGGAAGACGCAUUUUUUGAACAUGAGGUAAAGCUGAAUGUGCUUGCAUUCAACAACCAGUUUCAUUUUGGAGUAUUUUAUGCCUAUGUGAAGUUAAAGGAACAAGAAUGCAGGAAUAUUGUAUGGAUUGCUGAAUGCAUUUCUCAGAGACACAGAACUAAAAUUAAUAACUACAUUCCAAUUUUCUAAAUCUGAGAAUCUAUAAUGCUUGAAAGGAUGCAUAAUUUCAU